CUAUGAGAGAACAAAACAAAGUAAGACAAACAGAAAAAUGAAAAAGUAAACCAAAGGCUUCUUGUUUUUAAUUCCAAACCAUUCAUUCAAAUGCCGAAAGUUGUUACAUUCCAACUCUCUUUCAUUAUCGCUCAUCCUCACAAUCUCAUGUCAUAGCUGACUUUUUCAAUCUUUUCAAACUCUUAAGCCUUACAACUCCACCACAUUGGUAUUGUUUCCACCCCCCCAAUGAUCAACAAGCUUUCAAAAUGCAUGCUUUAAUACAAACUUGAUGGGAUCAUGGUUUUGACUUUCCGCUCAGAAAGCUUUCAAGCUGUUUUGAUAAGACGAAUUGGUCACCAGGAAAAGAAAUUGAAGUCAAUUGAGAUAUGAUUAAGAAUUAACAUAGUCUAUAAGUGCAAGGGGAAAAGAAUACCAAGUUCCCUUAAGGUGCACUAAAUUUCGAAGGCUUUUAUCCAGGACACAAACUGCAUCAGUUUCUAUUCCCAUGGAGUCAUAUGAAAGAGAAAUUAGUCUGGUGGGACACAGUGGUUCACUAUAUGCUACACCAGGAACUGAAAAUCUUUCGCAGCAGAGUAUAGUUAUCGCAGGAAACAAAUCAGAGGAGAGCGAAACAGAUAAAUUUGCUACUUUCAGCACCACGGGUUCAAAUCACUGGAAUAACAACUAUGACAAAAAAAAUGAACAUUUGCUAAGAUCUGGGCAACUGGGAAUUUGUAAUGAUCCUUAUUGUGCUACUUGUCCUACUUACUUCAAGGCUUCUCAACCAAGUAAUCCAAAAGCUUCAACUAUAUCUGAUCCCAAGUUUCACAAUGCUCUUGAUAGAGACGCCAAGAGUUUCGCUAGAAAACUUUUUUCUUCCUGUUCUUUUGUUCCUGGAGUUAUGAACCCUCACUCUAAAUUCAUACAACAUUGGAACAUGGUUCUGGCCAUUUGUUGCUUGGUUGCAAUUUUUGUGGAUCCAUUAUUUUUCUUCUUACUCUAUGUUCAGCAGGAUUAUAAUUGUAUAGUUAUCAACUGGAGAUUGACAAAAGCACUAGUUAUAGUUAGAAGCAUGAAUGACUUCAUAUAUUUGCUUAACAUUCUUCUCCAGUUUAGGUUGGCUUUUGUUUCUCCCGAGUCGAGGGUGGUAGGUGCUGGAGAUUUAGUUGACCAUCCAAAGAAAAUUGCUCUUCAUUACCUGAAGGGUUAUUUUCUUAUUGACUUAUUUGUUGUAUUUCCUCUUCCUCAGAUCAUGUUGUUGUCUGUCCUACCAAAAUCUUUGAGGGGAGCAAAUUAUGCUAAGAAUGCUCUGCGUGCAGCAAUCCUAGUGCAGUAUAUUCCCAGAUUAUUCAGGUUUCUGCCAAUGCUGUUUGGCCAGUCUCCAGCAGGAUUCAUAUUCGAGUCAGCCUGGGCAAAUUUCGUUAUAAACCUUCUCAUUUUUAUGUUAGCUAGCCAUGUUGUUGGAUCUUGCUGGUACCUCUUUGCUCUGCAGAGGGUUAAUCAAUGUUUUCGAAAUGCAUGCCACAGUUCUAAUAUACCUGGAUGCCUGACAUUCAUCGAUUGUGGACAAGGUCAUAAUAGACACAAUCAGCUUGGCCUAUCAUCAAACCAGUGGAACAACAAUACAGAUGCUAUUGCUUGUUGGAAUUCCCCUUCCCAAGGUUCUUUUGUUUAUGGGAUUUAUGCCAAUGCUGUACCUCUUACUACACAAACAGACAUAGUCACCAAAUAUGUAUAUGCUCUAUUUUGGGGAUUACUGCAAAUUAGUACUCUGGCUGGUAACCAAACACCUAGCAAUUUUGUGUGGGAAGUCCUUUUUACUAUGGCCAUCAUUGGAUUGGGACUAUUGCUUUUCGCACUUCUCAUUGGAAACAUACAAAACUUUCUUCAAGGUCUUGGACGGAGGAGGCUAGAAAUGCAGCUUAGACGCCGAGAUGUUGAGCAAUGGAUGAGUCAUCGACACUUACCAGAAUACCUACGAAAGAAAGUGCGAGAGGCUGAACGGUAUAGUUGGACUGCAACAAGAGGGGUGAAUGAAGCAAUUCUAAUGGAGAAUUUUCCAGAAGAUCUCCAAGUGGACAUAAGGCGCCAUCUCUUCAAGUUUGUUAAAAAAGUUCGAAUUUUCGCUCUGAUGGAUGAGCCGAUCUUAGAUGCUGUUUGUGAGAGGCUAAGACAAACGACAUACAUCAAAGGAAGUAGAAUUUUGAGUCAUGGUGCUGUGGUAGAGAAGAUGGUAUUCGUGGUGCGUGGUAAAUUGGAGAGCAUCGGAGAAGAUGGAACUAGAAUUCCUUUAUCUGAAGGGGAUGCUUGUGGUGAAGAACUCCUCACAUGGUAUCUUGAGCAUUCUUCUGUCAGCACAGAUGGCAGAAGAGUGAGGCUUCCAGGUCAGAGGUUGCUUAGCAACAGGACAGUAAGAUGCUCAACAAAUGUGGAAGCACUGUCACUCCGAGCUGCAGACCUUGAAGAAGUCACAAUCCUUUUCACCAGAUUCUUGCGUAGUUCGCGUGUUCAAGGAGCCUUAAGGUAUGAAUCACCAUAUUGGAGAUCCCAUGCAGCAAUCCGUAUUCAGGUUGCAUGGAGAUACAGGAAUAAACGACUAAAUCAUGCAAAUUCCUAUUUGGAUUAAACAUUGAUAUGGAGAUGGUUGCUUGCACAGUUAUGUAUGAUUUUAAUAUAAAAAAAUGUCGUUGAUGAAGAAAAUUUAAUAAGCGACACAAAUAAUAAUAUCUGAU